AUACUCGGCUUAUGCAACAAUUUUGCCUACGUCGUAAUGCUAAGUGCGGCAAAGGAUAUUCUAGAAACAGACAGUGGAAGUAGCAUAAUGAAUGUUACGCACGCAUGUCGGGAAGAAAUUGUUGACCGACACUGCCAAGAAAUGUCAACGGGUGCCGUUUUACUUGCCGAUAUAAUACCCGCUCUGGUGGUGAAAGUUACCGCGCCGCUUUACAUUCAAAUAGUUCCCUUCGGCUUCCGUCAUCUUCUCGUUGUUUUAGCUCAAAUGCUGAGCUUUAUAUUAGUCGCUUCAAGUAGUAGUGUAUCCAUGGCUUUGUUUGGUGUUGUUGUUGCCAGCUGGGGCUCCGGCUUGGGUGAAAUUUCAUAUUUAGCACUAGCUUCAUAUUUUGAUUCGAAAGUAAUAUCUAUGUGGUCUUCCGGCACGGGAGGAGCAGGUAUAAUAGGCGCUAUGGCCUAUGCUGUGCUCACCGAUCCGGUGAUGUUGCAUUUCUCACCGCAGGCUGCCCUAUAUAGCAUGUUGAUUAUCCCUUUGAUAUUUGCUUACACGUCAGUUUUCGUUUUUCUUUCGUAUUCUGUUUGUUAUCUGUAUCACUCUUUUGAUGACUAUUCCGCACUUUUAUCACAUAAGUUUUGGUUUCUUCUCGAACUACCCACCACUGUACAUAGGAUUGACGCAUGUGAUCCAAAAACAUAUUUCGUCCCUAAAAAUGUCGAAUAUGUAACUCGAGUUCGCCAAGUAUCAGCGUCAUCCGAAUCGGAUAUCGAGAGGCCAUUGCUUGACGGUGAUGUUGAAGAUGAAGAGGAUGAUGAUAAUAAUACGAGCCCUCCCGCACAGUCACAAAGAUUACUCUCCAUGUAUGAACGACUCGGAGCUGCGAUACCAUUGUUCAAGUACAUGUUACCUCUGAUUGUGGUCUACUUUGCAGAAUACUUCAUUAAUCAAGGAUUGCUGGAAUUGUUGGAAUUUGAUUGUUCUCACGGAUUCGGCCUUGGUCCCGAAAGCCAGUAUCGAUGGUAUCAAGUAUUAUACCAAGUGGGUGUGUUCAUUUCGCGGUCAUCAUCCGACAUCGUUUCCUUGCCAGGAAAGGUAUUGCCAGUGUUGGCGCUGAUGCAGGUAUUUAACGCCAUUGUUCUGUACUUUCAAGCUUUGGAUGGGUUUAUAUCACAUAUAUUUAUAUUAAUGUGCGUAAUUGUUUAUGAAGGAUUGUUAGGCGGUGCUUCAUACGUAAACACAUACAGGGUUGUCCAUGAAGAGAUACCUCCUGAAAGGAAGGAAUUCAGUAUGGGUUUCGUCUCAAUAUCUGACACAUUUGGAAUCCUCUUGGCGGGCUUUUCUGCAAUUCCCGCUCACAACAUCAUUUGUAGGCAACCGCUAUGA